ACUUGUGGGGCUUGCACCUUCAUUGAUCAUCAAAUGCACCGUGCUUGGAGGCACAGGGGAGUGAGGAGAAAUUGUAUUUUGAAGACAACCAAAAAGAGAACGUGUUCUGGGUGUGGCUGCAUGCGAUUUACCCAAUAGCCAAAGUGGGGGGGACGCCGAAGGGGAAAAACAGAGCGUCUGCUGCUGAAGGGAGUGGAAGCUGAGGGCUGCAGGAUGAAGACUUCUGGAACCUGUGUCCUAUUUUGUGUCUUAACACUCUUCUUGUCCUCAGCUGACUGGUUUCCAUGGAUGGUCAAUGGGCAAGAACUGGAAAGUGUAACUGGUGGAGUUACCCCUGAUGGCAGCUCUGGUGCAGCUGUCACACCACCUGCAGUUCUUCCUCCUGUUCAGUCUGACAGCGAAACGUCAACGGCUUCAUCAGACUGUCGUGAGGAGAAGUUCCCUUGCACGCGCCUGUACUCUGUUCACAAGCCAGUGAAGCAGUGUAUCAGCUACCUCUGUGUUACCAGCGUGCGUCGCAUGUACAUAAUAAACAAGGAGGUGUGCACUCGCAUUGUCUGCAAGGAGAAUGAGGUCAUGCAAGAUGAGAUCUGUCGCCAGCUGGCUGGCCUUCCUCCUCGACGACUCCGCCGAUCCGGGCAGCCCCUGCCUCUCCCGUGCAGGCAGCUCCUGGAGCAGCAGCGCAGGCCCGAUGCUCUGUGAGCUCCCAACAGCAGGAGAGGAAAAGAGACAGAAGAGAAGUCAUCAUCCACUACCUACAGUCCAAGACAAGUGCUUCUUGUUUGUGAUUCCCCCAUCAUUUCCCUGCUCCUAUGCCUUCUUCUACAUCCUCUCCUUCAGGUGCUGCAGUGCACAGAGUUCCCUCUCUGCUAGUCUCCCAUGGGAGCUGUUGUCAUCUUUAUAAUCUGUUGCUGAGCAUAUGGGAUUCUCCCCUCUUUUCUCUCACACUUUGCCUGGCAGGCUGUGAGCUGCACAUUUCCCAGAGGUCCUUAUAAAUCUGCUGCACCUUCUCUUGCUUUGCCCCUGGAGAGAGACAGAAAUGGGGACAGGAUGAAGUCCCCAGUGGUUCAGAUGCCCUAAGCUGCAUCUCAUCUCACCUUCAUGCCCUAGGACUCCUGCCUAGAUUUCUUGCCUGGCAUCAGCGUGACCUCAGUUUUGGUUGGUCAGCCUGAGCCUCUCCAAUUCUCCCAAGCCACCGAGUUUGUUGUGUGAUAGCACAUUCUCCUCCUUGUGUCUGCUGGCCUCAGAGAAGUGGCAGAACUGGGAGAUGAGCUCUCCUGAACACAAGGCAGACCUCAUUAUCCCUGGGUGGCAACAGAUCAUUUAUAACUACCUCUGGGAAGUUUUUGUCUCAAGCCCAUUGCCUCCCUCACACACAUCUGCCACCAAAAGGAAAAAUUCUGGGUUUAGUAUGGCAUUAUAUUUUUCUCAAGAAGAUUAUGUUGGAUGAGAGUAGUGCCUCUUCUACUCCCCUUCUCCUCUCCCCUGUUCUUUUUCCUCCCUUCCCACUGAAGACAUCUCUUGAUGCCCAUUCCAGGCAAGCUCCAGGGAGCAGUAAUUACAGCUGCCUCCACUCCUAAGCCCAAGGAAGCCCAUGAAGAACCUGUGUGACCUGACAUUACUGACACCUUGCAAUGAAUUAUCUUGUCUUGGUGUCUUGUCUUGGUCUGGCUACCUCCACGUUCUCCAGUUGCUGUGCCUGCUUUCAAACUCCAGCUGAGUUCCUACCUCCUGACCUGGAAGGUCCUGCACAAAGCAGGAGGGAGUUGCAAAUUGGAAUCAGAUGUGGGAUUGCUGUUUAUCUGGGACCUGGGAUUUCCUUGCAGAAUCUCUGACUGUGCUGACCUGCACAGAGCCAGGUGCUGAUGAGGAAGGUAAACAUAUCUGCAGGUAUAAGCACUUAUACAGGCCAGCCUGGGCAGAAGAAUUCACUGUGGCAGCACUGGAUGUCUGCUCUGCUCAAGGACUUUGUCUUCUAGAUACAUGGAGAGCAUUUCCAGGUAUAUGGGCAGUUUUCAUGAUGAGACUGGGUAGGGUGAGUGGGGAAGAGCAGUCUGAAUUGCAUUAAUCACUCCAUGUGACUCUUAGUGGCAUGAUUCUGCGGGGCACCAGAGGAUCAGCAAGACCCUGACUCCAGGAUCUCUGGGUUGUUCCCAAGUAACUGAAAGCCAGUUUGCUAGAUUUGGCAUUCACUCCCCUCACAGGAUAAACCCUUCUGCUGAACAGAGACCAUUGGGUCUUGCAGGAGCACUGCCCUGUUGCACAGAGCCGGGGUCACACAGUAUCGGGGAGAUUUUGCUGCCUGGGGGCAGACGUCUCAGAAAAAGGGCAAAACCAUUGGUGUUGGACCAUCUGGCCAGGACCUGCAUUUCUGCUGUUUGCAGCAAGAAGCUGGUCACAUCCUCUGUGUAGGGGAAGACACCCUGCACGUCUGUGCAGACAGAUUCCAUAUGCAGUCAAAAUUACCCCUAGGUGGGCUAAAUCUCUCUAUCUUAAUCCAGUAUACAGGAGAAAGGAUUCCAAAUCACGCAGUGACUAGAAUUUUGUCCUACAUAUAGGAGCACUGCAGUGCUACUCAGAGAAUGAUGCUCCUCUUGAGUACUCCAGGCUCAUGAGACUAGGAAUGAAGGAGGGAUUUCUUUGUACCGAGAGGGUGCAUAUUUCUGUAGAGAGGAGGGUACUGAGAGCUUGAUCUCAAAGACAUUCAAUCCACUGGCAGCCACUGGCUUCCAUACUGAGAUACCUGUGAAAAUUGCCUGUGUGGAGGAAGGUAUGGGAUGUGGGAUCUUGGAAAUUGGACUAGGUCAAGUCUGCACUCUGUAUUUAGAGGUGAAUAUACAUCGCUAUAGAUACAUAACUGGGUAACAUAGCUACUGUACAGCAUAUAGAAAAUUAACUUUCAUACAGGUUAGGAAGUGGUUAGAAGCCUUUCUGUUGCUUGCUUUCAGCAGGGAUAGGAAGAGGUGCUCCUGUCCAGGAGAACACUAUUUUAAUGCUAGAGUCUAUAUAAUCCAUAUUAAAAGAAAAUUUAUUUCCUGUUAUUCUUGGCAACUCUCAAGUGUUUGGGUUUAUUUGUCUCUUGCUGUAUUUCUUCCAGAUUUGUGGGGAGACUUGAUUCCAGAUCCAAUCUAUCAUUUGGAACCUUUUACUCCCUGCUAACCUAGACCUCUGCUGUCACCCUCCUUUCACUCAUGAAUCACAGAUCUUCCUGGGAACUCUUUUUUUUUUCUAGAGGAAGAUAACAUUUUCUCUAGCUUUUUUUGUUUGGUUGGUUGGUUGGGUUUUUUGUGGUUUUUUUGUUUGUUUGUUUUACCAUGGGCUGUGCUGGAUUUUUCUGACAAUUGGUAGCUGCUGAACACAGGGGUGUGUCCUCCCAGCCCAUGAAAUUUGUGCUGAGGACACAUAUUUUCACUGUGCACAUGCCAUGACUUUCUGGUGAAGGCUUAACAUCUCCAAAUAAAAUGGCAAGAUGACUGAAAUAAGAGAAAAGCUGUAAUAAAUACCACAUAAGCAGAGAAGAAUUUGUUCACAACGACCAUUUAACUCAAUAAUGGAAUAACUGAGAGACUACAUUAAAAAUCACACAUCCAGGUCAAAAGGAUUAGGAAAAUUUCUUCUUCAUUGAUUUUCUGACUUUUCCAUAGUUUCAUCAGGCACUGACUGUACCUUGUAUUUUGGUUGUAAAGAUGAAGCACUAAGACGUGAGGGAGUCUGAGCAGUAUCUUCAUGUGCAAGCAGUCAAGUCUGCAUGUAGAUGGUAUUUCUAGAAAAAAAGUGGCUGUGGGCCAAAGUAACCAUUAAGCCGCCUCUGAGAGUGCCCCAUAGAUCUUCAGGACUAAACCACACACCGCAGGUUAUUGCACAAAAAUUGCCAUUUUUUCGUCUAUGCCCCUUCCUGGCUGAAGCUGUGGUGUCCUGAUCUCGGACUGCUGUAAUGGAUCCAGCCUCGGCCCCAGUGACUGGAGAUGCAGCUCCCACCGACAGAGGCCAGGCCCUGCUGUGUCCCACAAACUCAGCCUUUGCAGUGCUCCUGUACUGGAGCUUUCCCCUGGCUGUGUGAGCCAAACACAACAUAUGCCAUCAGCUCUUUGUAAUUCAGCUUAUUCUUCCUUUUCCCUUACACUAGAGUCGGCCCACACUUCACUAGCUCUUGUCCCGUAUGCAGAUUUAUCUCCCCUCCCACUCCAGCCUGAAUUGCCGUGAUAUCUGGACAUCUCUUUCUCUUGCAAGCCGAGGAAGUGGUUUUAAAUACAUCUCCAGCUAGGUGUGCUGCUCAUGCAGUUGAGCUAGCCACAAAGAAACUGGCAGAGCCCUGUAUUUAGAAGCAUGAUUCUGCAUUUGUGGCUGAUUUCAUGACCUCUUCUGACCUGGAGCAGGAGUUAGAUGCCCUGUGGUCACUUCCCACCCAAUGGGUGUUCCUCCUCCUUCUGCUGGCACAGCUCCCCAGUAUGGAUCUGUGACCAGCUUGAAGGCUGCUGUUUACAGCCAGUGCUCCGAUGUCUGCUCCCCAGUUUGAAGCAGUGCCUCGCUGCAGGGCACGUGGAGCUAACAAUAGUGGGAAGGCUGUCGGAAGCAGCUGGCAUGCCACCUAGAAGCUCCUGAAACUUGUCACCUGAAUCUUGUCCACAAGAACACGCUACGAGAACAGAGAGCAUGGACAUCGGGCAUCUCAGUUGGAAGGAUCCCUCCAACAUGUACUGCUGGCUGCUGUGUGGGCUUGUCCUUCACAGAGGGGACUGGUCCUUGCCACCCACCCCAAAAAAGCACCUCUACCAGGCAAAGAAUAGCUGGGUUGAAA